GUAGGUCGCGAAGAAUAUAUUUUCCUUUCAUUUUCUACAACAACCAGUUGCGCUUACGACUCUGCGACGUCGUCGUCAAAGUACUGAAGUUAGUACAUUAUAUUUGAACUUUUCUCGGAUCUCCCUACCACAAAUGCUAUUGGCGAAACGCGACGGUGCGUAAAAUCCAAGGAGUCGUCAACGACAACAUUCCUACACGCUUCCGAAGGAAGACACGAUUGUGUUUACACAAGACUUAAUUGAGUGAAAACCUGUUUACACAUAAACUUUACAUAAUGGGGUCUUUAACGAUAAGUGUCAGACAUACUUUCCAUUCUCUUUGUACAACUACUGCAAAGGCAAUGUCUACCAGCACGAUGUUAAAUCCAAAAGAUGAUGUGAAAGAAGUAGUACUUAAGUAUUUAGAUGGAAAAGACAAUGGCAUUGCAGUAUUAGGACUAAAUCGACCUACAGUUUGCAAUGCUCUUGGCAAAACUUUAACUAGUCAGUUACAUGAUGCCAUUUCUUCCAUCAGAGAAGAUUCAAAGUUGAGAGUAUUAAUCAUUCGUAGUUUGGUCCCAAAAGUUUUCUGUGCUGGUGCAGACUUGAGAGAAAGAGCAAGAAUGGACACAGCAGAAAUUUCAAAAUUUGUUUCAUUCUUGAGAAAUAUGACAUAUGAUAUAGAAACUUUACCAACCCCGGUAAUAUCUGCUAUUGAUGGUGCUGCAUUAGGUGGUGGACUAGAAAUUGCUCUAGCCACAGAUAUUAGAGUUGCAGCAUCAGAAGCUAAAAUGGGCCUUGUAGAAACAAAAUGGGCUAUUAUUCCUGGAGCAGGAGGCACUCAAAGACUUCCAAGAAUAAUUGGAAGUGCUAGAGCAAAAGAACUUAUUUACACUGCACGCAUUGUUGAUGGUGAACAGGCUAUGAAGAUUGGUUUAGUAAAUGAAGUAGUUCCACAAAAUAAAAGUGGUGAUGCGGCUUAUCAAGCUGCUUUAACAAUUGCCAGAGAAAUCUUACCUAAUGGACCAAUUGGAGUUAAAAUGGCAAAAACAGCAAUAUCAAAAGGUCUACAAAUGCCUAUUACAGAUGGAUUUGAAAUUGAAAAACAAUGUUAUAACACAGUUGUAGAUUCAAAAGAUAGAAUCGAAGGACUUGCAGCAUUUGGGACGAAACGUAUGCCCAUUUAUCAAGGAGUUUAAACAUAUAAAAAUGAAAUACAACGUAUUUUAUAAGUUUGUUACGCUUAAUUAUCUACAUAUCACGAAAGUGCAUUUUAAUCGAGA